AUGGCUGAAGGACAACUGGUUGUUGUCACCUUACAUGCCAAUAAAUACGAUAAAGCAGAAGAAGUUGUGUUCCGUGAGUAUGGAUUGAUGAAGCGGCUUUUGGGCGAGGCUUCAUCAGGAGGUGUUUGCGAUGUAUCCGGUCUCGGAGGAGUGCGAAAUGGGCAAGAAGCGUUGGAAGAUAUUUAUUACGCUAUAUAUCGUGACGGUACAUUACGUGCCUGGAAUGCUGAGCUCGAUCUCACUGUGGACUAUGGCGAUACUUACUUGAAGUCUUUUUUCGUGAAGGCUUAUCUGAUAGACUCACAAGCUGUCAUUGUUGUAGCGAUUUCUACCUCUAGAAAUACUCAGUUUCACUUCGUGUCGGACAAGCACCGUAAACUCACGCAUAUGUUCAGUAUUGUUGCCAGAAAUGAUGAAACAUUGCUAGACUUUGGACUUACUCACAGAAACCUUGCUGCCCGUUCUCUCUGGGUCUUAUGGAACUCGAUGUCAACUGCAAAUGAGUAUAUUCUUAAGCACGUGGAUGUUGACAUAUCACCCCAACAUGUGGGAACUUGGCGUAAAGUACGGCCAUACGCAGUUCGUAGCGCUGUCUCGCCUAGGAGGUGAACAAAGAUAUGUGGGAUAUUGAAUUUCUGUGAGGACGGUCGGCACCAGUUUGGCCAAGGUGUAAGUACUUAUGCUAGCGGUGAAUCUGUCAACUGGCUGACGACAAUGUCUGACUCAUUUCGAGUCGCCGAUGAUAUGGGCCAACUGCGACUGCAAUUUAAACUGUUCCACAAACCGUUGUCUUGUUGGAAAGGUUCAUUCUUUUACACCAGUGGGUGUGAAGUAAUUAACGAUAUAAGAUGAUUUUUCGAAAGUU